AUAAUUUGCAAAAACGGUCAAAACACUCGAAACGAAUUCAUGGGUCUGAAACUCUUCGACGGCGUCUCUUUUCUUUCUACCAAAAAUAUGGAAACCCAAAUUGACUAUCCGAAUUCCCUCAUCGUUUCUUUAUCGUUAGUCGUUUGAGUUCCUUCUUGAGGGAAUGAAGAUCAAUUAGUUUGCUUUCUUUGGAAGCUCCGAAUACUUUCCUUUUCCAUGAAUGUGUUAUGAGAAGCAGAUUUUUUAUUGUUAUUAUUUUUUAAUUUUAGCUGACAGUGAAUUGAUUAGCUGAAGCCGGAGAGGUUGGUUUAUUCUAGUUACCUUGAAAGAUGUCGAGUAGGAGAAAGAGGAGAGCUGGUAUGAGUGUAGAAGAGGCAGUGGAGUUCUUGAACCAUUUAUGGGUGGAAAAACCAAUGCUUCCUUUAUUGAUUUCUUUGAUUUUGGGUUGUUGGGUUAUUGAGAGAUGGGUUUUCUCUCUCUCCAAUUGGGUUCCUCUUGUCGUUGCUGUUUGGGCAACUAUCCAGUAUCAGAGUCAUCAAAGCCAAAUAUUGAUGGAGGACUUAAAUAAAAAGUGGAAACGUGUCAUAUUAAACACAUCGCCAAUUACACCUUUGGAGCAUUGUGAGUGGCUGAACAAAUUGUUAAUGGAAGUCUGGCAAAGCUACAUGAACCCAAAACUUUCGUUAAGGUUUUCUUCAAUUGUUGAGAAGCAAUUGAAGCACCGAAAGCCACGGCUUAUAGAACAAAUCAAAUUAAUGGAGUUUUCACUGGGUUCGUCCCCUCCUAGUUUGGGUCUUCAAGGUGCUCGCUGGUCAACUUCAGGUGAUCAGAAAUUUAUGCGCUUGGGGUUUGACUGGGACACCUGUGACAUGAGCAUUUUGUUGCAUGCGAAGUUGGCCAAGCCAUUGAGGGGAACUGCACGGAUUGUCAUAAAUAGCCUCCAUAUCAAGGGUGAUCUUCUCUUUGUGCCGAUUCUCGAUGGAAAAUCAAUUUUGUACUCUUUCAUAUCAACUCCUGAAGUUAGAAUAGGAGUUGCCUUUGGAAGUGGUGGAAGCCAAUCACUACCUGCCACAGAGCUUCCAGGAGUUUCAUCAUGGCUGGUUAAGCUUUUCACUGACACCUUAGUUAAGACAUUGGUUGAACCUCGCCGCCGUUGUUACUCUUUACCAGCUGUUGAUUUGAGGAAAAAAGCUGUUGGUGGAAUUAUAUAUGUGACUGUAAUUUCAGCGGGUAAUCUCUUUAGAAGUAACUUAAAAGGAAGUCCAUCACGAAAGCAUAGCUUUUCUCUGAAUGGUAGUUUGGAAGAGCACAAUAGUGAUAAAGACCUGCGGACAUUUGUGGAGGUUGAACUUGAAGAAUUAACAAGGAGAACCGCUGUGAAGAAAGGCUCUGAUCCUAAGUGGGAUUCGACAUUUAAUAUGAUUUUACAUGAAGAAUCAGGAACUCUGCGAUUCCACCUUUAUGAGUGUAACCCUGGCAGCGUGAAGUAUGACUAUCUAGCAAGCUGUGAAAUCAAGGUGAAGUAUGUUGCAGAUGAUUCUACUAUAUUUUGGGCCAUAGGACCCCAGUCUGGUGUGAUAGCCAAGAGCGUUGAAUUUUGUGGAAAGGAAGUUGAGAUGGUUGUUCCAUUUGAGGGUGUCAGUGCAGGAGAGUUAACUGUUAGGCUUGUGUUAAAAGAAUGGCAAUUUGCAGACGGUUCACAUAGUUUGGGAAAAUUUCAUGCUGCCUCUCCACUUUCACUAUAUGGGUCAUCAAAUUUUCUUACAAGAACUGGAAGGAAAAUUAACGUAAGCGUUGUGGAAGGAAAGGAAUUUCUUGUGAAGGACAAAUCUGGAAAGUGUGGCACAUAUACUAAAUUGCAGUAUGGAAAGGCUUUCAUGAAAACAAGAACUGCACAUACUCCUAAUCCUAUCUGGAACCAAAAGUUCGAAUUUGAUGAGAUUGGAGGUGGUGAAUAUCUUAAGAUAAAAUGCUACACUGAAGACCUGUUUGGAGACGAACAUAUUGGUAGUGCUCGAGUUAAUUUGGAAGGGUUGGCAGACGGGACAGUCAGGGACGUAUGGGUCCCCCUUGAAAAAGUCAAUUCAGGAGAACUAAGGCUUCAAAUAGAAGCAGUUCGAGUUGAUGACAACGAAUCAAGGGGUGCGGGUUCGGGAAAAGGUUGGAUUGAACUUGUACUUGUUGAAGCAAGGGACCUUAUUGCAGCUGAUCUCAGAGGGACAAGUGAUCCAUAUGUCAGAGUACAAUAUGGAAACUUCAAGAAAAGAACAAAGGUAAUGUACAAAACAUUGAAUCCGCAAUGGCAUCAGACUUUAGAGUUCACGGAUGAUGGAAGCCCAUUGGUCUUGCAUGUGAAAGACCACAAUUCCCUACUACCUACGUCUAGUAUAGGUGAUUGUGCCGUAGAAUAUCGGAGAUUGCCUCCAAAUCAGAUGGCAGACAAGUGGAUACCCCUCCAAGGAGUGAAGAGGGGAGAAAUCCGCAUUCAAAUUACUAGAAAAGUGCCUGAUCUACAGAAGAAGACCAGUUUAGAUUCCGAAUCAUCCUCAACUAAAGCACACCAGAUUUCUAGCCAGAUGAAACAAAUGAUGGCCAAAGUUCAAUCUCUAAUUGAUGAAGGCAAUCUCGAAGCACUCUCAACGACUCUAAGCGAGCUGGAAAGCUUGCAGGAUACUCAAGAAGAAUACAUGCUGCAGAUUGAGACAGAAGAAACACUCCUGCUUAACAAAAUAAAGCAGGUUGGUCAAGAAAUCUUCAGCUCCUCCUCACCACCUUCACACAGCAGAAGAUCUAUAGGAGAGUGAAACCAUUUCUCCAACAACCCCACAAACUUUCACUGGAUAUAUUUUUGUCUCAUACCUAUAUAUAGUCUUACAAUUUACACCAAUUAUAUAUAUAGGGUUUCCCCACCACACAGAGUGCUUUGAAUCGAGUCCUUUUUGGCUUCAUUUUGUAUAAUUGUACAUAGAUGCUUAAUUUAUAUAAAGCAUAUAGAAAAGAGAAAGAAAUGAGACAUUAGAGGUCUUCUUUUGUGAAA